GGCAACUGGCAUACAUGAUCGCUGCAGGUGCCGGUUUUUGCAAUUCCGGUCGAACCGCUUAGGGCAACCAGUCGACCGGGUCCGGAAGAAUGAAAGUAAUGAGACGGGUGGAGACCGGAGAAGAGAAGGCUAAGUGGCAGACGUCCGUCUUUCCCGGCACUCAUGUCGCCCCAUUCCUCCGCUCUUCUCCUUUGACCCAUUCCACCAUCGUCAUUAUGCUCACAUUCCACCCCGGCAAUCUCCAUCCCUCGUGCUGCUGCUACUCGUCGAUCCGCUUCCGCCCAUGGAGGAGAGGAAGGAGGACGACGACUCCGUCGGCGAGCUCGUGGUUAGGAAGCCCUCUCGAAAAGGCAUCUCCUACAGCCAGCCCCUUAACCGAGAUGCCGUUAUCGCCUGCGCGUCACGCCGCCAAGCCCUCCGCAAGCAGAGCCUCGAUGAGGACGACCACAGCCCCCGGCCUUCCUCAAUCCCCGGAGAUGACCACCCCCUUCCUUCAUCCUCCUCAAUCGCCUCCUCCCGCCGUACUUUCCGCCAUCAGCAUUCCUCCUCUCUCGAGGAGUUCUGCUCCCCCCCUCGUACCGCCCCCAUCGAGUCCGUAUCCGAUAUCCUCGGGGGAUCCUUCGGUAACCACUUCUCCCUCGACCACCACCGCUUCGGCUCAUCCUCCGACGGCGAUUGUGACCUGACCCUAGAGCGCGCCAUGUCCGAGUUCGGCGGCGCCCCCAAUACUGUUCCCGAGUUCAUGGGCAGCGGUGGCGGGGUCGGCAUCUUCCGCGUGCCGGCCCGAGCGGCCAUGCACCCCAGCCGCCCUCCCCCACUUGAGGUGCGCCCUCACGCGUUGCGUGAGACCCAGGCCGGCUCCUUCCUUCGCUCCAUCGCCUGCGCCGGCUCGCUGCUCUGGGCUGGCCAGGAGUCAGGCCUCCGGGUCUGGAAUCUCGACGCGGUAUUCGAGGACUGGGAGCCCGGCGUGAUGGUGAGGCGGGGCGAUGAGAAGAGCGCUCCGUUUAACGAGUCGUGCCGCGCGUCGCCGACGCUAUGCUUGGAGGUUGACGCUGGCAAUGGCUUGAUUUGGAGCGGUCACAAGGAUGGAAAGAUUAGGUCUUGGAAGAUGGAACUACCCGUCAAUGUGAGUUCUGUCUCGGAUGAGUUUGGCUCUGCUUCGGUUGCUCCGGCCAGUGGUCGCUGCGGUGGUGCUCCCCCAUUUAGAGAAGGCCUUGCGUGGCAGGCUCACUACCGGUCUCCUGUGUUAUCCAUGGUUAUCACAUCUUAUGGUGAAAUAUGGUCAGGUUCUGAGGGUGGUGUUAUAAAGGUCUGGUCGUGGGAUGCCAUCAAAAAGGCCCUUUCUCUGACUGCAGAAGAGCGACAUGUGGCUGCUUUACUAAUUGAGAGGUCUUAUAUUGACCUGCGGAGCAAAUUUACUGUUAAUGGUGUUUGCACAUUACCUAAUGUAGAUAUAAAAUAUAUGGCAUCGGACAAUUGUAGGUCUAAAGUGUGGACCGCUGGUACUUUUAUAUUUUCUUUAUGGGAUUCCCGUACGAGGGACCUACUGAAAGUGUAUGGCACUGAUGGACAGGUAGAGACUAGGUUUGAUCUACCAUCCACACAAGAUCCAUAUGUUGAAGAUGACACGAAGGCAAAAUCUGCUUUGUCGUCAAAGAAGGACAAGUCACAAGGGUCAGUUAGCUUUUUCCAACGUUCUCGUAAUGCUCUGAUGGGAGCAGCUGAUGCUGUUCGCAGAGUUGCAGUUAAGGGAACAUUUGGGGAAGAUCAUCGAAGAACAGAAGCUUUAGCUGUAUCAAUGGACGGAAUGGUAUGGACUGGAUGCACAAAUGGCUCAGUAGUCCAGUGGGAUGGAAGUGGCAAUCGCCUACAAGAAUUUCAACAUCAUUCUUCUUGUGUUCAAUCAAUUUGUACAUAUGGGCCAAGGGUGUGGGUAGGUCAUGUCAGUGGCAAAGUUCAGGUUAUGGAUCUUGAUGGAAAUCUUCUUGGAGAAUGGAUUGCACAUAGCAGUGCAGUCAUAAAAAUGGCUGUUGGUGGCUCUUAUAUAUAUACAUUAGCACAUCAUGGUGGCAUCCGCGGGUGGAAUAUUAGAUCUCCUGGACCUCUUGAUGGCUUUUUGCGGACAGAGUUGGCGAAUAGGAAGCUAUCUUACACAAAAUUGGAGAAUAUUAAGAUUUUGGUUGGGACUUGGAACGUGGGACAAGGAAAGGCAUCUCAUGAUUCACUCAUUUCCUGGUUGGGUAGUUCUGCGUCAGACGUUGGAUUGGUUGUUGUUGGACUGCAAGAGGUGGAAAUGGGUGCUGGAUUCCUUGCAAUGGCUGCUGCUAAAGAAACUGUAGGACUUGAAGGGAGUGCUAAUGGCCAAUGGUGGUUGAGUGCAAUUGGCAAGACCUUAGAUGAAGGAUCAUCUUUUCAACGGGUUGGUUCUAGGCAAUUGGCAGGGUUAUUGAUUGCUGCAUGGGCAAGGAAGACCCUUAGGCCAUAUAUCGGUGAUGUUGAUGCUGCGGCAGUACCAUGUGGAUUUGGGCGUGCUAUUGGUAACAAGGGUGCUGUAGGUUUGAGGAUGAGGGUCUAUGAUCGGACCAUAUGUUUUGCGAGUUGUCAUUUUGCUGCACAUCUGGAAGCUGUUAGCAGGCGUAAUGCUGACUUUGGUCAUGUUUAUCGAAAUUUGUCUUUCAGUAGGCCAACUACAGGAGUUCAAGGAGCUUCAGCUGGUGCCACAUCUGUCCAACUGCAUCGUGGAGUGAAUGCCAUGGGAUCUCAAAUUGAUGAUGGCAAACCUGAUUUGUCUGAAGCUGACAUGGUGGUUUUUCUUGGUGACUUUAAUUAUCGACUUCAUAGCAUCACUUAUGACGAGGCUAGAGACAUGGUUUCUCAAAGAUGCUUUGAUUGGCUUAGAGACAAGGAUCAACUCCGGGCAGAAAUGAAAGCAGGCAAAGUCUUCCAAGGAAUGCGUGAAGGGCAAAUUAAGUUUCCUCCAACGUACAAGUUUGAGAAGCACCUUCCAGGUUUAGCGGGAUAUGAUUCAAGUGAGAAGAAGCGUAUUCCUGCUUGGUGUGACAGGAUAUUAUAUCGGGAUAGCCGUUCAAUUUCAGUAGCUGAAUGCUCAUCAGAGUGUCCUGUAGUCGCAUCAAUAUCUUUGUACGAAGCGUGUAUGGAUGUCACUGACAGUGAUCACAAACCUGUGAAGUGCAAAUUCUGUGUUGAAAUUUCACAUCCUGAUGAGUCGAUAAGAAGACAAGAGUAUGGUCAGAUAAUUGCAUCAAAUGACAAAAUAAAAUCUUUUCUUGAAGAAUCUCUUGGUGUUCCAGAAACUAUUGUUAGCACAAAUGACAUCAUCCUACAAAACCAAGACAAUUUCAUUCUUAGGAUUGCAAACAAGUGCGACAAAUACAAAGCUGUUUUCAAAAUCAUAUGUGAAGGGCAAUCAAGUACUGUGGAUGAAAAUUCAUCAGAAUUCUCUACAAGAUGUUCCUUCGGUUUUCCUAUGUGGCUUGAGAUUCAACCAGCAGUUGGCAUAAUCAAACCUGGGCAAUCAGCAGAAGUUUCUAUCCAUCAUGGUGAAUUCUUCACACUGGAAGAAUUUGUUGAUGGAAUAUCACAGGAUACCAGGGAUAAAGAAGUUGUAUUACUAGUAAUUGUCACAGGCACUGGCUCAACUGAGAGUAGAAGUCAUAGGGUCUUUUUACGGCAUUGUUUCUCAUUCAGAUUCGAUGGAGCUGACAAAAAGAUUCCAUCCAGAAGAUUACAAUCUAUCCAUCUCCAAGGGUCUGAUGGGAAAGACACAAGCAGUUCUUCAGAUGUGGCUUCUGAUUUGAGCGACAGAAGAGGCCCAUGAGGUAGCAAAUCAAAUACAAGUUGGUCAAUUGUGCAUGUAGAUGAUCACCUCGUCCAUGUGAACAAAAACUAAAAUCCCAAUCAGAAAAAAAAGACCCCAGUCAGAUCUUUGUAGGAAUUGCGCCGUCUUGCCGAUGCAUUUUAAGCUGUAAUGUGCUAGAAUUUCUUGAUUUCUUUGUGGAAUUUAAAGAUAGCAUAUGCAUCCAGGAUGGUCUUUAGUUAUGUGAAUUAGGUUGAACAUGUAGCACUUUAGUUCUUUUCAUGCUAACUGGAUUAUACCUUUAGUUUUGUGAAUUAGGUUGUACUUAUACCAUUGUCUCACAUAAUUUAUCAAACUUGUAAGGAUAUUGUAA